AUGGGCAUGGAAAAUGCAAGCAACGGAUACAGGGUCGAGAUUUCACCGCAGAAUGGGUUAAACGAGACGCUGCAACAAGCAGGCGUCUAUUUACGAACCAUGCAGGACAGGCAAGUCGAGACAUACGGACUGUUUGAUAGCGCUGUAUGGACACCAGGCAAGGCACGCUCGCGCGAAUUCGCAAACGCAUAUCCCAUUUCUGCCAUGUUUGUUGGCAUAUUUACUGCGCUCGCAUUCAUCCCCGUCGCUUCAUACUUAAUCUUCACCGCAUUCGUCCUCAUUUCCACCGUCUCACUCGCACUCGCAACUGCUAUUGGCUUUACGCUCUUUGUCGGACUAUUUCUGUUUGGUACACUCAUCAUCAUCCUUCUCUUUGCUAGUGCCGCCACGCUUGGUCUCCUUGGAUGCUUCCUCGCCAUUCGACUCCUCUUCCACAUCCGCUCCCAAGAAGGCCAAGGUGUCCAAGGAUGGGUUGCAGAGACAAAGGACCGUAUCGUCCCUCCCUCGGCACAGCAAUACGUCCGCGAUGCGCAGACAAAGGUAAACGAGUACUACGACGCGGCAAAAGACAGGAGCGUCAAACCUGAGCAAAUGUAA